UGUGUCAGCGCCAACACUAGCCCCCGGUAGAACUUGGGAGCUUGCCCUGUCCGAGCGCCUCCCCGUGUGGCCGCGCCUUCUCCCGGUCGGCGACGCCUCCCUGCUUCCCCUCUAGCUCCGCGUCCCUCAGCCGACUCUCCAGCGACGGCCACCUCCCUCCGACGACGACGCCCGGCCACCCCGUCCUCCCUCAGCACCAGAUCCACGGUCAACGCGGCUUCCUUGCGCGUUCCCACGGCCCCCGGCAGAUCUACGCGGGCGGCGGCCCUCUCUGUCGGUGGCUGCCCCCCCGCUACCCGACGGCCCUCCUUAGCCAUGGUAGAAUCUGUGUCCUGCUACUGCAGGGUAGAUGGAGGCCUUAAAACUGUUGUCAAUGCUAGAAAGUUCGUCCCUGGUGCUAGACUGUGCAUGCAACCUGAUGUCAAACCGAACAAGCGCAAGUCAAGGAGCUCACGCAAGGAGAGGUGCCGAACUCAGGCGCCACUUCUGCCUGGACUUCCUGAUGACCUGGCUAUUUCAUGUCUGAUACGGGUUCCUCGAGUGGAGCACCCUAAUCUUCGUUUAGUCUGUAAAAGAUGGAGCCGACUUUUAUCUGGUAAUUAUUAUUACUCACUGCGGAAGAAAUUUGGCAUGGCAGAAGAAUGGGUUUAUGUCUUCAAAAGGGAUCGUGAUCAGAAAAUAUCUUGGCAUGCCUUUGACCCGGUGCACCAGCUCUGGAAGUCACUUCCUCCAGUACCGCCAGAGUAUUCGGAAGCCGUGGGAUUUGGUUGCGCUGUUCUCAGUGGCUGCUAUUUGUACUUAUUUGGUGGCAAAGACUCAGUGCGAGGUUCUAUGAGGCGUGUUGUAUUUUACAAUACUCGGACAAACAAAUGGCACCGGGCCCCAGAUAUGCUACGGAAGCGGCAUUUCUUUGGUUUUUGUGUCAUAAACAACUGCCUCUAUGUUGCUGGUGGGGAGUGUGAAGGGAUACAGAGAACUCUAAGGUCUGCAGAGGUUUACAAUCCGAACAGGAAUAGAUGGUCUUGCAUUACUGAAAUGAGCAUAGGAAUGGUGCCUUUCAUUGGAGUUGUAUAUGAUGGCAAGUGGUUCCUAAAAGGAUUUGAUUCUCACCGGCAGAUUGUGAGCGAGGUCUAUCUGCCAACAUCCAACAUGUGGUCAACCACUGGUAAUGAACUGGUUGCAGGCUUACGGAAUCCAAGCAUUUCAUUUAACGGUCGUCUUUAUUCAGUGGAUUGUCGGGAUGCCUGCAAGCUAAGAGUUUAUGAUGGGGACAAGGGAUUGUGGACAAGGUUCAUGGACAGUCGACGCCAUCUGGGCAGCUCACGGUCUUUUGAAGCUGUGGCUUUGGUCUCACUGGAUGGAAAGAUCUGUGUUAUCCGUAAUAACAUGGGCAUCACCCUUGUUGAUGUCUGUGACCCAACAACAGUUAUUGAGAUUGACAGUGCCCGCAUGUGGGAGAGUUUUGCCCGGAAGGGCCAGCACAGGUCUUUCAUGGCAAACUUGUGGGCAACAAUUGCAGGGCGUCAUUUAAAGACCCACAUUAUCCAUUGCCAAGUGCUCCAAGUUUGAAUGUGUCUGUCUGUCAAGUGGAUACAUGUUCAAAUGUAUUUAAUUGUUGUCAGAAAGAUAAUCAGAUUUUGAAAGAAAGCCCUUGAUUAGAAGCUGAAAUAUGGAUGCCAGGACGAC